AUGGUUGGGGCGGAUUUACUGCCGGCGGCAGGCGGCAAACCAGCAUCUGCAGAUCUUACCCACGACAGUGGAAAGCCACCAACAGUUCACGGAGGUGGUCCACUGGUCACUGGCACAGGACUGAAUCAGAUUGCAUCCGGUGGUGGUGCACCGAAUCAAAAACCGGUUGGUUCUGGCACUAAUCUGGCGCCAGGAGCUUCAGGUGGUGCAGGAGGUGCUGGCACUCAGCCCGUGGGCAGCGGUGUAGGUAAACCUGGUGCUGGAGGAAGUGGGUCACCUACCGGCAGUGGAUAUGGGCCUGGCCAAGGUGCUGGUGUUGGAGGAGCUGGCACGCAACCAACGGGUAGCGGUAUAG